UUCGGAAAAACAGAAGCAUCUUCGAGCUCCACUACUAAGAUUCAUAUUGACCUUGAUAUAGCUCAGGUGGUGGCGGACUAUCUCUCCAGAUACAAAUGGGAAUCUCCAAGGCUUCAACAGCACCUCCCUAAGGUUAUACGCUUAUCCCCGGUUCAAGCAGCAGGAAAAAUUUACAACCUAGAUGAAAUAUCUGCAAUGCCUGUCUCAGCCUUUCAGCAAGGAGCAACUUACACUGCAAUUGCAAAGAUAACUUCCGUACUAUCGUUAGUUAAAUGGUACUACAUAGCAUGCCAUCGCUGUGAUAAAGGGUACAACUAUAACACCGAGUCCCAAACAUGUGCAUGCGAAGUCUCAUUCCCCAAACCAAUGUAUAAACUCCAUGUGACAAUUACAGAUAAAUCAGGGAGUUUAGAUGCUAUGGCAUUUUCUUUUGUUGCUGAAGACUUGGUAGAGCUUGAUGCAGCCCAUGCCUCUCAGAACAUGAAGAUAGACUCAUUUGAUCAUCCAACAGCUCUUAAUAAUGCCAUUGGAAAAAGAAGACUCUUUACUGUGGGGAUGAAUAUGAAUUCAUCUUCUAAAUUCCCUAUCAGCUAUGUUCUGAAAAGGAGUUUCCCAAUUGAUAGCACUAUGGAAAAGCCUAUGCUGACAUGUGAAGAGCCUUCCAAGAAAAAAGAUCUAUUACAACUUCCAGCACCGACAACAUAUACGAGCAGCUCAAGCACACCUGUCAAAGAUACAACAGUAAACAAAGACAGUACACCUACUGAAGAUUUUGCAGCUGAUAUAUCCACAAAAAAGAACAGCAUCAUGGCCACAAAAAGAAGCAUCGAUUUCAGUGAAGACUCCGUCGACAAAACUAUGAGUACCAACAAACCUGAUCCUCCUGUUGUCAAACAUCAGAAAGAAGAGACGAGGUGGCUCAAGAAUCUACGUAAUACACAUGGUGCAAACUAUUCCCAUUGCUAAAAACAAGGUCAACUCAUAAUAUGCGACAUGCAGCCUCCACAUGCUUCCAAAUAAUCAAACUCGCUCCUUACUAUUUCCUCAAUCCUGAGCUAUCUUAAUUUCCGUUGUCAAGACUGCUAAAUCUAAAGGCUUUUAUGCUUCCAAAUAAUCAGACAACUUGAAUAUUAUAUAUUUGUUUAUAAUUAUCUAUCUUGAUUUAAUUUUGUUCUGAAGUCUACGUCACAUCUUUCGUAUACACCGUUAUAUAUCAGAAUAUAUGUCCUGUAAUACACAAAUCGAUAUGCAUGUUUAAUAAAACCAUAUCUUGAAAUUCGAACAAAUGUGUCUUUAC